GCAAUGAAGCGGCAGAACGCCCGCACCCUGGCGCUCAUCGUCAGCAUUCUCACCUACUUGGUGGUGGGCGCCGCCGUGUUCGAGACGCUGGAGUCCCGCGAAGAGCGCAGCCACAAGCGGCGGUUGGAAGGACGACGCCAGGAAAUGAUGCGCAAGUUCAACCUGAGUCGGGCCAACUUCGACGAACUGGAGCAGGUGGUCGGCCAGCUGCGUGCGCACAAAGCGGGCGUGCAGUGGCGCUUCGCCGGCUCCUUCUACUUCGCCCUGACUGUCAUCACCACCAUUGGUUACGGCCACGCAGCUCCCAGCACAGACUCAGGGAAAGUUUUCUGCAUGUUCUACGCCCUGCUAGGCAUCCCGCUCACCCUGGUCAUGUUCCAGAGCCUGGGCGAGCGCAUCAACACUCUAGUGCGCCACCUGCUGCACCGAGCCAAGAAAUGCCUGGCGCUGCGCCGUACCGAGGUCUCCAUGGCCAACAUGGUGGCGGUGGGCUUCCUUUCCUGUGCAGGCACCCUGUGCGUUGGGGCGGCUGCCUUCUCCCACAGCGAGGGCUGGAGCUUCCUGCACGCCUUCUACUACUGCUUCAUUACACUCACCACCAUCGGCUUUGGUGACUACGUGGCACUACAGCGGCAUGACGCUCUACAAAAGGAGCCGCGCUACGUGGCCUUUUGCUUUGUCUACAUCCUGACAGGCUUGACGGUCAUUGGCGCCUUCCUCAACUUGGUGGUGCUGCGCUUCCUCACCAUGAACGCCGAGGACGAGCGGCGUGACGCCCUGAGGCACAGAAACCCGCCAGACAGUGGCAAGCCCACUUCCGAGGUAGCGCUCCUGCCACCGCCCGCCACUGCGCCGAAGCCCAAAGACGUCUACACGGAAGUACUGCAAUUCCAGACAGUCUGCUCGUGCCUGUGGUAUCGCAGCGAAGACAAGCCGCGGGAAUCCUCUCCCGCCUUCCCCGGGGAGCUCGGCUUCUCUGACGCCUACCUGCCGCGGGACGGUACACGGUAUGCCGAGACGGCGUCCACCGGCUGCAUCUGCACGCCACGCCGACACUCGGGGAAGCGCCUAGACUUUCUCUCGUCGUUCAGAAAUUUUUUGAGGCGCAGCUCUGUGUAG